AUGGUUUCCGGCGACUGUACAUCGUACGGCGGUGCUAGUGCUCCGAUCAAACUGACACUUACCCACUCCCGAAGUUACAACCAACAGCUAAAGCAGCAGCACUUGCCGAUUUCCUCCGAAAUCUUGCCUUCAUCGGAGCAAAUCGCCGGCAGUGAAGGUCUGUUAACUGAAAUACUCCUACGCUUACCCCCAAAAACUCUACUUCGUUUCCAAUGCGUCUCGAAACACUGGCUUUCCCUUAUUUCCAGUACCUAUUUCCGCCGCCUCCAUACCCGUAGAAACGCUACCUCCUCUGCUUCCACCGUCGGUGUUUUCUUGUGCCGACACCCGAAUUAUGAUUUCCUUAGUCUCCACGAAGAACGCCUAGCUGCAAUGGGCCGGAUUUACGACCGUUUAUCCGAUGCACGUGAUGGCAAAGUUCUGAGUAAUAUCAGCUCUUGUAAUGGACUUGUAUGUCUCGGUUUUAAAUCAGAUGAUGCAAAAACCGAAUUUUACGUUUAUAAUCUUACUACAGGUCAUCAUAGGUUUAUUCCAGUGCCAGACGGAAUGGUAGUGAAAAGUAUGAACUUAGCAUUUGACCCCAAAAGAUCUGGUGAUUACGAUGUUGUUUGUGUUUGGUUGUCUGUAUCUGAAAAUCAACUUCGUUUCUCAGUGUAUUCAUCAGCUUGUGGGGUCUGGAGGCAUUCAACUGAGUACUGUAAUGGUAAUGUGGAAUUAUGUUGCUACCGUGGAGUUUACUGGAAAGGGGCUAUACACUGGUUUAGUCAAACAGGCCCGUUUUUGUGUUUUGAAACUGAUAGCAUUGAAUUUAAAUCAAUGCCUAGUACUCAAAUUCCUGAAGGUCAGUGGUACAGGAAUAUUGAGUAUUUUGGGGAAUCGGGUGGGCAUUUGCAUCUUAUUGAGAUUCAUAAGCCUCAAGAUAUUGAGUUUGAUGUUUUGGAGUUGAAGAGUGAUUAUUCUCAGUGGUUUGUGAAGUAUCGAGUUAACUUGGAAUUUUUGACCAUUUUGUAUCCAGCUAUGGUGAAUCAAGAAAUGUAUCCUCCUGAAGAUUAUAACUUUCCAUAUGCAUUUACUGUGCUCUGUUUUCUAGCAGAUGAGGAAAAUAAUGCAAGACUCUUGAUUUCAAUUCCGGGGAAAAUUAUUUUGUAUGAAAUGCAGAAUGGGAGUGUCAAAGAGCUAGCUGAUAUAAAGCCUGAUUAUUUCAGACUUUUUAUUGGUGGUGCACGGUAUGAUUGCUUUGAUGCCUAUACACAUGUUGAGACACUGGCUUUUGUUUGA